GGGUGCCGUCACAUGAGGCGUAACCUGCGUAAAGCGUAAUCUGCGUAUUCUAGUGUUAUCUAGUAAUUUAAUAAAAGUUACGCCAUUCUGAAAGUCGGCAUUCACAUAGAGCGUAUUGCGCGGAACGCGUAACUAAUACAACCAAUCGAAGAUUAGAGUUUCCGAUGUAUGCUCUAAUAGAAAUGCUAAAUAUGAUUUGUGAUUGGUUUUGGUAACCUACGCGUUACAAAAAGUGCGCUUCAUGGGGAACCAAUACUUUUGGUUCCGUAAAAUGCGCAUGUUUAAUAAAAACCGGCAAGAUAAACGUAAAAGACGAAUGCGUAGUAGUCGAUGCAGGACAGCUUUGCAUUUAGCAGCAUUUUUAAGUCUUCGGCAAGUUUUAAGAAGCCAAGGUCAAGUUCUGCUAGAAGUAUAGAUACGAACAUCAAGGAGGACAGCGAGAAAAGUACGUAUAGCAAGUACGUAAGUAAUAAUGGAUCCUGACAUAGUAUUAUUAAUUAUAUGGAAACGAUGGCGAAAAUGGAAGAAGAUGAAGCAAACACUUCAACAUCGGAAAGUUGGGAAACGCCAUAUAUUAAAACUGUUUGCAAUAUAGAAAUUGAUGAUUGAAGAGGGAAAAGCUCAUGAUAGAAUGUGGGUGCGCCCGAUAUUUAGAGAAAGACAAAGAUUUUUACAAGGUGCCAGUGACAAUCUGGUCAGAGAAAUGGAAUUUGAAGAUCACGAAAUGUUUUAUAAUUAUUGUCGAAUCUCCACAGAGAUGUUCCAUCAGUUGUUGAGUAUUGUUGGGCCAUUCAUUGAAAAGCAGUAUGUCAUUCGAGAUCCAAUAUCAAGCCGUACACGGCUUUUGGUAUGUUUACGGUAUUUAGCGUCUGGGGACAGUAUGGCUUCAAUAGCCUAUUCUUUUCGGAUUGGAGUAAACACUGUCUCAAAAAUUAUUUCUGAGACAUGUGAGGAAUUGUGGAAUACUCUCCACAAAUCAGUUUUCCCUGAAAUAAAGGAAGAGAAUUGGCUGAGAAUUGCGAAUGAUUUUGCAAUAAAGUGGAAUUUUCCGCAUUGCAUAGGUGCGAUAGAUGGGAAGCACGUAAUAAUACAGUCACCUCCUCAUAGUGGCUCAAUUUUCUAUAAUUAUAAGGAGAAUCAUAGCAUUAAUUUAUUAGCGGUUUGUGAUGCCAAUUACUGUUUUACAUUAGUUGACAUUGGUGGAGAAGGCAGACAGAGCGACGGUGGCAUCUUCACGCAUUCAAACUUUGGUCAGCGAUUCCAAAAAAAUCAAAUAAAUUUGCCACAACCGAGACCAAUUGAAGCUUCCGGCCCAGCAUUACCGUUCGUAUUAGUAGCGGAUGAGGCAUUCGCUUUGACUCAUUACAUGAUGCAACCGUAUCCACGAAGUGGACGUCUAAAUCGUCAAAGAAAAAUCUUUAAUUACCGUCUUAGUCGAGCACGAAGAAUGAUCGAAAGUGUGUUUGGCAUUUUGGCAGCGAAAUGGCGAAUUUAUCGUCGACCGAUAAUCGCAUCUGUCUCCACCGCAGUUAAAAUUGUUCAAGCGACUGUAUGCUUGCAUAAUUUCGUGAUUCACAAUGAAAACAAAUUGCCACUCUCCGAAAGACGUUAUUGUCGUAUUCUCAGUGAAGGGGGAGUUAUGACAAGCGGUGCAUUGCAAGAAAUGAACAAUGCUAACAGAACUAACGCUUAUACCCGACUUGCCUCUAGAAUUCGAGAUGACUUUGCUACAUAUUUCGAAAACAACGGGGCAGUACCCUGGCAGUGGGAAAAAGUUCUGCUCAACGAUUUUUAAAAAGAUAGUUGUAUUUAUAUUAACAAUAAAGAUAAAUAGAUAUUUUUUAUGUUUUAUUUUCAUAAGAUAUUGAUACAUUUGUAUUAAGUUGCAACUCCACUACCAUCUAUAUAUACAGUUAAUAACUGAAUAAUAGUAACGUUUCUUCUACGUACGGGAUUUUAAAC